UAACGUUGUCACGGGUGGUGUUUACUUUUUGCACGGUACGGCGCAGUUCUCCCGUGGAACGUCGCCACUGACAGUUAAAGGUGUUUGUUUUGUUGGCGGCGAGUGUGUUGUUAAAAACGUUGGUAUUGUUUCCGUGAUGGAAGAUUAGGGAGAUACAGAGAUGCUUCCACCGCGGCGUCCGCCGAACAGAAGGCGACAGUGGCCUUCAGCGUUGUUUGUGUUGUCACUCGUCAGUGUUAUGACGCGCCGAUACGAUGCAAACCUGUUUUGUACUGAUUGUGAAUACGUUGUUGUGCAGCUACAUCGAUGCGGUGGGGGUUCUGUCACUUCUGUGUUCUCCGCUGAAAAGCUGUAAAUUAUCUUUUAUUUGCGCCUCCGACGGUUCCCAUCGGAAACAUGUAGAAUCAGAGAAUUAUUAAUUGUAAUGCGAAUUUUAUUUCUCAUGGAAUUUUAUCGAUUAUUUUUUGUUGUGGUGCGAAGAAAAGAACAUUUGAGAAAAAUGAGAAGGCGAUGUUGAUCUUGUGACGAUGGCGGAGUUGCAGCAGCAUCCUCAGCAGCCAGCAGCCUCGGCGGCGGGCGAUAAGCGGGCUCCGCUGGCCAACUUCCUGGCCGGGUUGGAUGAGUUCAAGACGCCGGUGGAGGCCAUCAGUGAGCUGCCCAAGCAUGAGAAGAUGGACGGCAACGGCUCGUGGACGGAGGCGGAGAUGGAGAGCGAGCUGCUCUACUGGGUCCAGCGGUACCUUGCGCACCUCGGAUGCCCAGUGGAAUACGCUAUCCCCUGCGCCCGUGCUAUAGUAACGGAAGUCUUCGGCGGGGAUUUCCGCGUAGAGAACUUUCACGCCAUCCCCUCACAGCUCGCGAAAAUUGACCCCACGGACGGUGCCGACGAUGGAAUACGCUUCUAUCCCGAGCCCCAUCACAACGGCAACGGCGAAGUGGGUGCCCUUCACAAUGGGAAGAAUUCCCUACCUGUGGUGUCAGCGAAGAACCUGUAUCAGCAUGCUGUGGAGAAGGCCAUCGAGUUGCUAACACGCUGGAAAGAAAAUCCGCCCCGACUGGAACCGGUCAUGCUGCCACAUAAGGUGUCGGUAUACGCCACGCGAAAUAAACGGCCCGGAAUGGAGGAUCGGCAUGUAGUUAUCCCGGAUUUGCGCGCCACGAUGGAUCUGAAGGGCAUCAAGGAGCCGGUGAGUUUCUACGCCGUGUACGACGGGCACGCCGGUGCGGUGGCUGCCUCCUACUGCGCCGCCCAUCUACAUCGCCUGAUGGCCACCAGUCGCUUCUUCGACAACAACGUCCCCGAAGCGCUCGUGGAGGCCUUCCAGGCCACCGAUGACCUCUACAAGGAAAAGGGAUUGCGGGAUAACGAUUACAGUGGGACGACGGCGGUUGUGGCUGUGAUAAACGACAACAAGCUGCACAUUGCUUGGGUGGGCGAUUCGGAGGCGGCCAUCGUGCAGAAUGGGCAGGCUGUCAGGCUGGUGGAGCCGCGGCAUAUCGCAUCAGACGAGGCGGAAAGAGCCCGUGUUACGUCGGAAGGUGGCACGGUUAUCAUGAAUCAGGGUGGCUGGCGUGUGGGUGCCAUCCUCACUGUUACACGAGCGAUUGGUGACAGCACUCUGAAACCCUACGUGACCGCCAAACCCGACGUGCGCACCCUGGAGUUAACGGGGAACGAAGAUUAUCUGGUGAUCGCCUGCGAUGGACUGUGGGACGAACUGGAUCCGGUGGGCGCUAUGCAGGAGACCAACCGCUUCCUCCGCGAACACCCCGACAGACCCCUCGAUGUGGCCAAGGCCCUGGCGGAGAAAGCCCGCAAAUCCGGGUCGAUGGACAACAUCACCGUCCUGGUUGUUAUGCUCAAGCCCUUAGAGCAAGUCCUCGAGGCGGUCCGCCAGCAACCGGAGGCCAUCGCACAGGCGGAGGCGGCGGACGGCGGGGACCUGCUGGGGAUAGGAAUGGGACCGAAUCUCAGCAGUUCCCCCGAUGAGUUUGCCGAUCUGGUGGACAGUACAGAUUUUAGCGAGAUGAACAGUGGGCCUAACCCGUUUGAGGACACGCCGCUGGAUGCCGAUCAGAGUGGAUUGGAAGCCAGUGAUCAGGCGGCCACAGCCGAUACUGAGUGGACCUACCAGAAGACGACUGACGAUCACCAGGACAACCCGACGGCGGUGUUGCACGCCCUGGAUGAGGCCAUUGGGGAGCCGUUGCUCAGUUUCGAGGAAGAAGUCCCGCCAACGCAGAUCCAUCCUUCCAGUUCGGCGGUGGUGGAGGCCGGGGGCCCGGCAUUUGUCGAUACCCCGGCGCACAAUGUGCAGACCACCACCGUUGCAGGAUUAAUUGAGCUGCAGCGGAAGGAGGAGGAGAAACGCGCGGAGAAGGUGCCAGAGUUUGUGAAAGUGUUUGAGCCGGCUGCUGAGCAGAGCCUGCCAGAGCCCGCGCCGGCUGAUGCUGUGGCAGAUCGGACAGUAGAUGAGAAGCCCGCUUCCGCAGAUGUCGUGCCGGAAGUGGCUCAGGUAGUUCCUUCGACCGAAGCUGCUCAGCCGACUAAAGAGACGAGAGAGAAGACACAGCCGUUGCAGAAGACCGCAGCGGCGACAAAAGCAGCGGGUAAGACGCCGCCCACCACCAAGCCCACCCCCAGCAUGCGCUCAAUGAAGACGCCGGCCGCCACCAGUCCCAAGAGCGCCCCGACACCGACCACGAAAUCCGCCGACAGUCCUGUUGGGAAAUCCACGGGGGUGAGUAAAGCGGAACCAACGGAGAAAAAAACCAGCACUGCAACGCCUCCCAGUGCUGCAUCGAAGCGUGCACCCGCAACGGUGGCCACGCCUCGACCUGCUGCGACACCGCGGACAUCCGCUAGGGAGACUGUGAAACCCGUAGAAGCGCCUAAAACGCCCCGCCCGUCGGUCCCCAGAGCCGCAACUAGUGUGGCAGCGAAAACUAUUGGAGUUCCUUCGGCGACGCCCGUAGCGGCUAAACCUUCAGCGACGGCACCGAGUGCUUCACCCACAACGAAACCCGCGACAGUACCAGCAGUUGUGGCGCCUAGCGAUCCUGCUAAAAAACGCCCGACACCCAGUACACCGCGAGCUGCAACCACUGCGCCGCCGAAACGCUCGAUACCGGUCGCGACGAAGGCCCCGGCGGAAAAGAAGUCGGACGCGGUGCCGGAGGCUGCCGGGGAGCCAUCCAGCAACGAAUCAGUGAAAACGACGGCGCCAGCUACUAAACCGCGGGCUAUGACAGUUCGAAGCACCGCUCCCGCUCCCCGGAAGGCGCCCGAUACUCUUCAGGCGGGUGGGGAUGCGGCCAAGAAGAGUCCGGUAACGGAAGGUAGCAAACCAUCGCCGACAACCCGCGCAGCGUCGGCUCGCACUCCGAGUGCCCCCUCGGCGCGGUUAUCGAGUAAGGCGACCGCCAAAACCUCAGAAAGUGUCGGCAGCCGCCCCCUGAACGGCACCGGAAGCAUGGCCGCCCCUAAAACCAAGCCGGCGACUCCGGCCGCUUCGGCGCGCAGUGCGCCGGUGAAAAAGACCGCAGAUACGAAGAAAACGGCGGCCGCGGUGGGUGGUGCUGCUGCAGUAAAUGGGAACGCGAAGGAGACGAAGGUCAAUGGUAUUCGGGAAGAGAAAAGUGCCGCGGAGGCUGCGCCCUCGCAACCGGCCAAUGUCGAGGAGAAUACCGUGGUGGGUUAGAAGGAACACCGAAGAGUUUUGUUAGUUUUUGUUUUGCUCUCGAUUGUGCGGGUGUUCGACUGUUUCAGCGAGUGGAUCGUUUUAAGGGGGGCGCGUGCGAGAUGCUCUUCGACAUCGGCUGUUUUUAAUCGCUUUUUCUGCAUGAUUUAUACGGGGUUUUCUGUGGAUAGAAUUGGAAUGGUUCGGAAUUUGUGGGAAAUGAUUGCUGGGUUGUUGUGCGAAGGCGUUUUUCGCUACCAGGUUUUUUUCUUGUUUGAUUUUUUCAUGGGUUAAUGUGUACAUGUUAUGGCAGCUGUUUUUGUUCGUUUUAGCCAUCGCGAUAGAUAAUUUUAGCGAUGGAUUUCUUCUCGCGGUUUUUUUUGAGUGAAUAAUGUUUUUGCUGAUUUAAUGGUAACAAUAAAAACCUUUUUUAUGAA